AAGCUGAGUUUUGUGGCAUUGUUAGUGCUGCCACAGUAAACACAUCAACAAGAUGCACUUUUGAAACAACACACAUCACCGUUUUUUAGUGAAUUUAUAACUCUGACAAAGUCGAGGUCCGCAAGGCAACUGAUCUUUUCAGUGACAUCAAAAAGAAAAAGACAAUAACAACAAUAAAAAAUGAGUGCAAUGGCGAAAGCUAUAAACAGCAAGAAGUGUCAGGCAGCUGUAGCCGCGGCGAGCAGGAAGGAUUUCACCGAAAACGAAUUGCAAGAUCUGAGGACCGCCUUCGGUCUGAUAGACUCCAAUCAGGAUGGCAAAUUGAACAAGGACGAGCUCCAUCUAAUGAUGCAGAAGCUCGGAAUCGACGUCAGGCCAAACAUCUUGGAGGACCUCGUUCGAACGGCAAGCACAACAGGUAACGAACUGUUGGACGAGACCGAGUUCCUGCAGUGGGUGAGAAAGAUUCAGGAUCUGAGGCCGGAGGAGGCGACGGACGACCACCAGAAGGACCUGAUGGCGGCAUUCCGCGUCUUCGAUCUGGACCAGAACGGUUACAUAACGCGGGACGAACUGAAAACGGCCAUGGAGACCAUCGGCGAACAGGUUACUGAACAGCAAUUAAGCGACUUCAUCACGAUGGCAGACACCGACAAAGAUGGUAAAAUCAACUACGAAGAAUUCGCUAGACUCCUGCUGUAACAUUUAAUUUAUUGAUUCUCCCUCGAAUAUUUGACCUACACAAGGUAUUCAUUAUUGAUAUAAUGUGUAGUUAUUAUUAUUAUUAUCACAACCGGACAGAGCUAGGCACGUACUUGAUCAAGGUCGAUCGAGUAAUUUCAAAAACAUUCAUUUUUAUAGGUUUAGGGCUCGUGAUAAGGACAGGAUCGACAGGAUUACGAUUACUAGAAUCACUUGUACAAUAAAUUUGUUUCUGUUUUCA